AUGUCACCAAGUUGGAGCUUAGAAGUUGAAGAGGAGGGGACCGAGGACAGGGCCCUGAAAGAGAAACCGCACCAGCAGCACCAGCAGCAGCAGCAGCAGCACCACGUCCACUCCAGCUUCAUCUACAGGCGACUGCGGAACCACGAGAGGCGAGAGAUCCAGAGGGAGAUCCUGUCCAUCCUGGGUCUGCCUCACCGACCCCGACCCUUCUCUGUGGGCAAACACAGCUCCUCGGCCCCCCUCUUCAUGCUGGAUCUGUACAAGGCGAUGGCCAGCGACGAGGCGGAGGCGCUCAGGGGCGCCCCGAGCACUCAGAGCCCUCCUCUCGCCUCCCUGCACGACGCCAACUUCCUCAACGACGCCGACAUGGUCAUGAGCUUCGUGAACCUGGUUGAAAGAGACAAGGAUUUUUCCCACCAGCGGAGACACUACAAGGAAUUUCGAUUUGACCUCACGCAGAUUCCUGAAGGAGAAGCAGUAACAGCAGCAGAAUUCCGCAUUUACAAGGAUCGAAGCAACAGUAGAUAUGAAAAUGACACCUUUAGGAUUACAAUAUACCAGGUUGUUAAAGAAUAUACUAAUAGGGAUGCUGACCUUUUUCUGCUGGACAUCAAGAAAAUCCGAGCCUCAGAUGGAGGGUGGCUCGUGUUUGAUAUCACUGCCACCAGCAAUCAUUGGGUAGUUAACCCACAGCAUAACCUGGGCUUGCAGCUAUGUGUGGAAACAAAGGAUGGUCGCACCAUUAACAUUCGAUCGGCUGGCCUGAUAGGGAGACAUGGACCGCAGUCAAAGCAACCCUUUAUGGUGGCCUUCUUCAAGGCCAGCGAGGUGCUCCUUCGCUCUGUCCGAGCUACUAACAGUAAACGGAAGAACCAGAAUCGAAACAAAUCCAGUGGCUCUCAGGAUUCAUCACGAAUAGCCAAUCCGGGAGAAUAUAACACAAGUGAACAGAAACAAGCGUGCAAGAAACAUGAACUUUACGUGAGUUUUCGGGACUUGGGGUGGCAGGACUGGAUCAUCGCACCGGAGGGUUAUGCAGCAUUCUACUGUGAUGGAGAAUGUUCCUUUCCACUCAACGCUCACAUGAAUGCUACAAACCAUGCAAUUGUGCAAACACUGGUUCACCUGAUGUUUCCCGAGAAUGUUCCCAAACCUUGCUGUGCACCAACAAAGCUGAACGCGAUCUCUGUGCUAUACUUUGAUGACAGUUCAAACGUAAUAUUAAAGAAAUAUAGGAAUAUGGUGGUGAGGUCCUGCGGGUGUCACUAGCUGAGAAUUCAAAUGGGAAAGAGGACCCAGUCGAAAGGGAAACAAAAAGAAACCACAAGCUUUAAAACCACCUGGAAACUUUCACUGAGUGACUCCAAAUGGGGUUUGAAGGUGCUUUGUGUACAGUAUUAUGUAUAUAUUACUGAUUGUACUUGUAAUUUAUUUCUAUCAAUGUAUAACUACUUUACUUCAGGAAACUAAAACAAACGUUUGUUCUCUUUCUAGCAGUGCACAAAAAAAACAACUGUGGUUGACUUAAAUAUUUAUUCGUUAGUGCUGAAAACUGGUACGUUUUUUUUCCAGACAAGGCUUUCCUUCACAUUACGAAAAAGUGGUAAAUGGCUUAUUAACUUAUCUGAUUUCCUGCUAUAUAUUUUUUUAAAAGAGAAGGGAUUUUUAAUUAUUUUUACACACUUCAUCGCCUUCUUGAACUGUACCAUAUAGAAAAAUUAGAGAUUGACAAUAUUUGUCCUAUUCACAUUUGUACUGUAUAUCUGAAAACUUUGGGGAACAUUUUAUGAAAUAUAUUCCAAUUCUGAAUUUACACUACCAUUAUGAUUUGUUAGUUUAGUCCAUAUGGAAUCACAGACUAGAAAUAGUCCCUACAUCUAAUUCAGAUGUAGAGUUAACAUGAAGAAAGCCUUUCAAUCCAUUUGAUCUCAUCCUUCCAGAAAAAAAAU